AUGCAAGAGUGUUCUGGAAACAUUAUUACCACGCUGAAGAAGGACAAGCACGCUGUUCUGAAAGGAGGUGUGGUCAUGAACGAAGGCUUGCUCGUCUGGCCCGACCGAGAAGAGGGCAGAUUCUCCCGAAGGGGGGCUUGGGCCAGAAUUGUGUCCAAGGCGCUGAGGUUCAUCCGAAAGCGCCGACGGAUAUCAUUGGCCUGGGCCAACUAUCGGAACCACAGGCUCCGCCAACUCCCGGCAGGGGGAGCGGAAGACCGACUGCCACGUCAAAGGUCGGAUUCCACGGAGGAAGCCGCCUAUGACUGGGCAGGAGUCCCAGAAGAUGUGAGGGAAUCACUGAAGGAAGCCCUAGGUGAACCCUCCAAAAUCAGGGACAUCAUCUUCGUGGCAAGAGCGGUGUGGGACACCAUCGUUGGGAGGAUCAAAGGUUCCAAACCCCCAGAUGCAGAUGGGAACAGGGACCCACGUGAUCUGACCCCGGUGGAUGUGUUCAGAUUGGAAAUAUUCAGACGGGUGUGUUUCCGGAGGGUUGGUGCCCAACCGGACACGCCGGGCUCCUUUGGGCCAGCCGUUCCGGCAGUGACGGCAGCCACACCAGCAUCCAUCACUGGGCAGCCUUCUGGGCGCAAAUUGAAGAUGAGCGCGGUGGUGGAUCAAACGCUGGACGCAGAAGUGAUAGCCCUGGGCACAGAUGCUAUCAACAAAAUGUACGAAGCAUAUCGUGCUAAGUACGGAGAUGUGCCGAGCCCUGAGACAGAGCCAACGGGAGACCAGCGGGCAGCAGUCCACCAGUUGGUAGCGUCAGGGGCCACACCAUACAUCGAUUUCGCGGUGUACGGCCCCCACGGCCUGCGGCUCCUUCGGAAACUCACCUUCGAACCAAUCUAUAGCCCUCAACUCCAUGGGCGAGUGGCAACGGGGCAGAGAUCUUCAGAUGUGUCCGGACGACCUUUCUCCUCCUGGAGACGCUCACAGAGGAUGGACGCCUAUGCGGAACACAUCCGACAGCUGCCAGCUCGCUUCGGGAGGAUAUGCUGGGACCUGGUGUACACAGCUGAUGUGCACAUGCGAUCCGAGCAAUUCGAGAGGAUUCGCUGGAAGCUGCACACACACACACACACACACCCAGAACAUGGGUACACCGAUGCAAACCCGUGGAACGCAGUUCUGGCCCAGGCCACCAGGGAGGACGCAUUCUGGUCUCGCGAGGUGAUCACACCAGCGACCCUCCGGUUGGCCCAGGCGAAGUCCAUUCCAGCAGCCUUGCAGGAAGCGGAUAAGCCAAGGUUCCCUCAGGAGUCGGAAGCAGAGCCAGGCACUUCAAGCGGAGGAAGGUCAAGGAACCAGACGACAAAUCGAAGCACGACGGGAAGGUGUACACGCACAACCGCAAAGGGUUCGAGCUCUGCCAAAACUGGAACCAAGGUCGCUGCGGAAAGUCGAACAUCGCACCAUGUCUGUGCAAUCUCUGCCUGGGCCCCCACCAAGGGUCCAGCUGCAACAAGGCCAAGUGAGGCCUGUCGAGGGGUGGACCGGCGGCGCCGGCCGAUCCAUCCCGACGACCACCCACAACAGGCGCAAGUGAAGGAGGUCGACAGAGGGCGAGAGGCAAGUCACGCAGCCGAUCCCCGUUGA